GUCAUCUGGGACGCUUCUUGGAGCCGGCCUUAGGGUGCCUAGAAACAAACCCCGGCUUGGCGGCGGCCGUGACGAUAGCGACGGUGGAACUUCGUGCUCCUGGUCCCCCGAGGCGCCCGCCGGGCCCGGAAAGCACGGAUACGGAGUACCAGAAAUUGAAUAAAUCACUCACCAAGUAUAGAGCCUGUAGUUCCUCUAUAAAAAGUACCAGAUGAAUACCAGGUUUACUUCAAGCAAGAUGGUACCUUUUCACUUUCCCCCAUCAAAAUUGGCUCUUUGGAACCCAAUGCCAAUUGGAGAUUUCAUCUGCUUGCAUCUCUGUUACUACAGAAAGCCAAAACUUGUGGUAACUGAAAAGGCCAUCCGACUUGCUUAUCGUCAUGCUAAGCAGAAUAAAAACAAUGUGCCAUGCUUCUUACUUGGUUCUCUCACAGUGGAUGAAGAUGAAGAAGGUGUGACACUGACAGUGGAUCGCUUUGAUCCUGGUCGAGCCGUCCCCGAGUGCUUAGAAAGAGCUCCUACUGCGUCUCUUCCUGGAGAUUUUCUGAUCCCCUGCAAAGUUCAUACUCAAGGACUUUGUUCAAGAGAUAUGAUAGUUCAUAAUGCAGAUGACUUCAGUUCAACUUUAAAGGCUUUGCAGUACCAUGUAUGUAGCAAAGAUUGCUUGGACUGUGGAAAGCUGCUUUCCCUGCGAGCUCAAAUCACCUCCAGGGAGAGUUUGGAUGGUGUGGAUUUUGACUUGCAUUGGGCAGCAAUAACGCUAGCAAAUUCCUUCAAAUGUGUGCCUGUGAAGCCUAUCCCCAUUAUUCCUACUGCUCUGGCAAGAAACCUAAGUAGUAAUCUGAAUAUUGCUCAAAUUCAAGGAACCUAUAAACAUGGAUAUAUCACCAUGGAUGAAACACGAAAAUUGUUACUUUUGUUGGAAUCUGAUCCCAAGGUUUAUUCUCUACCAUUAGUGGGAAUUUGGCUUUCUGGAAUUAUACAUAUCUACAGCCCUCAGGUCUGGGCUUGCUGCUUGAGAUACAUGUUCAGUUCUUCUAUUCAGGAAAGGGUUUUUUCGGAAUCUGGAAAUUUCAUCAUAGUUCUUUAUUCACUGACACAUAAGGAACCUGAAUUUUAUGAGUGCCUUCCUUGUGACAGUAGGAAGCCUGGCCUUCAGUUUCAGUUACUAACCAACAAGGAGACUUUGCAUCUUUUCAAUAAUGUUGAACCUUCUGACAAAAAUCCAAUCCAUUUUGAACUAAGUGCUGAAAAUCAAGAUGCAGAAGCAGAGUUUUUUGGCAAGAUUUCCAAGAAUCUUUCAGUUAAGAGAUCUCCUCAAAAAAUAUCUCCUGGGAAAAUAUCCAGAAAUAAACAUGAUGCUGACUUUGAAGAUGACUUUUCUCCAAGACCGAUUCCCAGUCCUCACCCAGUGAGUGAGAAGAUUUCUAAGAUCCAGCCAUCUGUCCCUGAACUCUCGCUUGUGUUAGACAGCAGCUUCACAGGCUCGAGUACCCAGUCUAACCCGCUGGAAACGAUGACUGUGGAGAAUCCUUUGUUGAUGAGGCCAUUGCAGCCUGAGCUUUGUAAUGACAAGCACAGCUCAGAGGCUGACGCUGGGGAGCCUUCCCUGAAGGGACAACCAAAUCAGCUAAGCCAAGAUGCUGCUCUGAGACAGUCCAGAGGGAAGCAAUCACCUACCUGCAAGAAAGAAAGGCUCCAUCCCAGGAACACCAAUGUUAAACCGUUUCUUAAUGCACCAUCUCCUGAGGUAUCUGAGAAACUUCCAGCAGUUCCUGCUGGAAGCAUGCAAAAGGAAGACUAUCCUGUGAGACCUGCCACAGUGAAUUCUAGGCAGCCCUCACUUGCUUCACAAGCCCACCCACACAAUUUUGUUUUUUCACCCCAUAAUUCAGCAAGACCAAUGGAACUUGAAGUACCUAUGCCUUCACUGCCAUCUUACUAUUCCACAAACAUCUGCAACUGUUGUCAACGUCACGGCCAUAUUCAGUAUAGUACAAUAAAUUCUUGGCAGGGAAAUACAGUAGUUCAAGACCUCCGAAAUGAAGCCCUUCCAAAACAUGCUAUAUUUCCUUCAAGUGGAUGUCCAUCUCUGUGUCAUAAUGCCGUCUACUCUUCCAGCAGCCCUGUGGCCAUGAAACCUCAGGGAGGCAUGGGUGGUUAUUCUCCCCACAACAAUGGAGAGUCAUCCCCUGUGGCAGGACCUUCACAUGUGGACUCAUGUGUGCCACAGACUUGUGCCAUGUGCAUGCACACACCCAGCACGGUGCCAGACAAUGGCAUGAUGGGACUAUCUCCUGAUGCAUAUCGCUUUGUCACGGAGCAAGACAGGCAGCUGAGACUACUUCAGGCACAGAUUCAGCGCUUAUUAGAAGCCCAGUCUCUAAAUUCUGGCUCCCCUAAGACCACCACUAUGGAAGACACUGUGAAAGCGGCAAGACAAGUGGAGCUGGUUUCCAUGGAGGCACAGUCUUCGCCUGGCUUGCACAUGAGAAAAAGUGUAAGCAUCGCUGUGAGCACAGGUGCUAGCUUGUUUUGGAAUGCAGACGGUGGUGAUCAGGAGCCUGACUCACAGCUAAAGCAAGAUGACACCAAGAUUUCUAGUGAGGACAUGAACUUUUCUGUUGAUAUUAAUAAUGAAGCGGCAAGUCCUCCUGGCAGCGCGUCUUCAUUAAAAGCAGUUGACAUUCCCAGUUUUGAAGAAAGCACCGUAGCUGUGGAAGAGUUUAAUCAUCUGCUUCCUGAGUCUAACAAUACUUCAGAGCAGAGAAAAGAACCUGAUGUGCCUGUGUUCUUCCCAAAUGCUUUGCUGGCUGAGAGUGUGAGCAUGUGCUUACAGACUGAGCCAACAGAGGGAGCCAGUAACAGCGCUGAAUCACCAGAAGGACCAAGAGUUGAGCCUGACUUUCCAGAUAACCAGAAAAUUUACCAGGACUUGUUGGGUAAAGUGAACCACCUACUAAAUAAUACCUCCCAAGAAAUUGACCAACUACCUACCAAAGCAGUAGUUGUCAACCAUGAAUGCACCAAGACCCAAAAUACUCACCAUGUAAGGAAAAAAAAGCACAAUUCAGGACUGGUAGACAAAGACUGUGUGCUCAGUGCAACUAUUAAACAGCUAAGGAGCCUGGGAGUGAAAAUUGAUUCCCCCACUAAAGUGAAGAAAAAUGCCCAGAAAGUGGACCAUGCCAGUGUUUUGGCAUGCAUCAGCCCAGAAGCGGUGAUCUCUGGAUUAAACUACAUGUCAUUUGCUAAUGUUGGCAUGAGCGGCUUAAGCCCCACUGGUGUGGAUUUGAGCAUGGAGGCAAAUGCUAUAGCUCUGAAAUACUUGAAUGAAAAUCAGCUGUCACAACUGUCUCUCGCGCGAUCAAACCAAAAUAACAGUGACCCAUCUUUUGGCCUUCUACAUUUUAAUUCAGACAAAAACAAGGUCGGCCUUAGUUUAGUUUCACCAAGCAACAUGUCAUUUGCAACCAAAAAAUACAUGAAGAGAUAUGGGCUCUUAGAAAGCAACGACAAUAGUGAGGAUGAAGAGUCCUCCGGCCACACAGAUAGUGAGAUGGACCAUGCGUUGGAUGGAAACCCUGCAUGCAGACCUGCACAAUUUGGUCAUCAGAAAGCACUUGCUCAGAAUGCCUGUGGAAUAGCUCAGUGUUCUGACUGUGGCUCUGAGGACACGCACCCAGAUACGCCAGUGUUGAGAAAUAUCACAAAUGAGGCUGUGCAGCCAAGAGCAACAGAGCAGCUGAGUGAAGACCCUGCUUUCUCACUAAGGCAUCUUAAACCGGAUCCUGCAGUGAGCCUCCGAACCGGAAAAGCAGAGUUUACUCGACAUCCAGAGAAGGAAAAUGAAAGUGACGUUGUAGUGUUUCCUGGAAACUUGCAGCCUCCUGAGACUUUAAAGCAUCUGAAUAGCAUGAAUUCAGUGGGCACCUUCUUAGAUGUGAAGCGUCUCCGACAGUUACCGAAGUUAUUUUAGCUCUGCCCCUCCUUUGUGAUGUGAGGACUAGGUGUGUAUUGACGGCACUUAAGAAAGCCAGACCUUUGGGAUCUCUUUUGCUUGUUUGUUUGUUUUUCAAGACAGGGUUUCUCUGUGUAGCCCAGGCUGCCCUCAAACUUAGAGAUCCACCUGCCUCUGCCUCCCAAGUGCUAGGUAGGAUUAGAGGCUUGCACCACUGGCCAUGACCUGUGGGGCUUCUAAUAACUGUGAGAGUCUGUAUCCUGUUAGCUGCUAAUUAUAGUAGCAUUUAGAGGACCCAGUUAUGAAAUGGCUGCUUAGUGGGAAGUCUGGGCUCCUGUGUCACUGAGCCUAAACAGAAGUAUAAUAACCCUAAGAUCAGGUAUUGCAGCAAAUCAAGUUCAAAUGUACCCCCUGUACCCCAGGCCCUCCCGUGUACUAAUGGGCUCUGUACUGAGCCCCACCUCCGAGCUACAUCCUCAACUGUAGGGUUUUUUGAGACAGGGUCUCAGUAUGUAGCCUAGGCUGGCUUCAGAUUUCUCCUGCCUUCUGCAUCUGGCUCGGGUAUGCAUUGUACCCAGUGUCUCCCAAAGAAGAUUUCUUACAUGCUCAUAAUAAGUUUCAAAACUGAGAAAUGACAUUAGGCUCGAUACUGAGUGAACCACAGAACUUUUCAUUGCCUUUGGUUGUUAUUUGGUGGGAAGAGGCAGGCUGGGGGUUGAGCCCAGGACCUCACACCAAGUCUCUUGCACUGAAUUUUAUACUUGAGUCCAUGAGGUGUACCAUUGAUUUGCAUUUUUUGUGUAUACACAUGAAAUUAUAUCCCAUGGUUUCCAGUAACCCAAAACCCUCAAUCCCUACCCUUGAUAGUCCCAUCAUCAGAAUGUUUUUAUCAUUUAAAAAAUAUUACAGAAAACUGUACUUUUAAAAUAUCUUUUUAUAAAGCAUUUUACCUUUUGAAAUUUACUGCCUUUCUCUGAAUAAUGUCCUGAGAGCUAUCCAUGUGUUGAGUGUGUCGGUAAUUCUUUACUUCUGCUUCCCCCAAGUUGUUUUAAAUUGGUAUUUCUAAAUAUAAAGAAAAAUAUCCUCAUUCACUUAAAAGAUGAAGGUUUCUGCCGAGGUUAUGAUGAGGUUGCCUUGUAAUAAAGUUUGGCUCUUAAAGGAAGACUUUUGUUCUCUGAAUGUCUUUCUAACCCAGCUGUGGCUUCCUGAGACAAUACUAAUAGAGAACUAUUGCUGGUUAGUGGAGCCAGGGAGCAGUUAGCGCCCUCUUCCCGCCCUUCA